AUGGACGAAAUCACUGGCAUGAUCGCCGGCGACGCCGACUUUCUAUUCGACAACGCGGACAUCCCUUCUCCCAAUACACACGAUGGCGCGCGAGUCACCGAAGAGAUCAUAAAAAGCAGCAAAAGGCGAAUCAACACAUAUCAGUCACCACCUGCUGAAGAAGGGUCUCUCGAUCAAGUAAAUCGCGAUCAAUAUCCACAAGAACACUCCGCGCCCAUCUGGGACGAGCUUGACAUGGAGGAAGGCAUCGAGAGCGCAGAAUCCGAUCCAGCUCCGUUGAUGCGCGUGGAUCUCGAGUGGAGGGACCUCGACCAUACGGGCCAGUCUGUUGUACUGAAGGAGCUGACGGACUGCUACUCAUUCCAGAAGGCUUGCGCCAUCCUCGCACUCCUGCGAGACGAUAUCGAAACGUGGCUGGCGAUACACCAGGCACAAGUCGACCAGCAGCGCCUCUGGGAGGAAGACAUGGCCAAAUGGAGAGUCCAAGGCAUCGAGGUUCCUGACGAUUACCAGGGGGAUGGACCUGUAGGUGUGGCGCUCCUGACGCGCAGCGAGAUGCACAAAGCAGCUCUUGUCGUUGAAUCUCUUGGUCUGGUCGACCUCGCCGGCCAUAUCAGAGCAAAAGGCCAUACCACCGUCGCGUGGCCGCUUGACAUCGACCUAUCCUCCUACAAGAUACAUCGAAUUCAUGACGGAAGCUUCAAAACCUCUGACAUGAAGAAGUGGCUCGACCAAACUGACCACCCCGGUUCCGAUGCUGGGAUCGAGGAAGAACCAGAUGACUCGACCCGUCAGGUCAUCAUCUACUCACUCGCCCUGACUUACCCGCAGUCGGCCACCGGCCACCGGGUGCUUCUUCUGACCGCCAUCCUGCCACAAGGCACUGUAGUUGUCGGCCCUCAAGGAAGUCAGAUACUGGCUCACGGUGGCAAAUAUCGCGUUGUUUAUCCGGGCCAUGACUCGCCAGACGAACAAGCAUACUUCUCCUUUACACUCAACGACCUCCCACCUCAGGUGAUGCCAGAAAUUGAGGAGGAGCCCGAGACUGAGACCGACUCCAGGGUAAUAGACGUUGGCGAUACAUACACUGAAAGCUCAUUCUUCGAAGAAGCCAUGGCUGACCCGUCGCCUGCUGAGCCAGACAUACAAAUCGUCCCCAAGGUAGUUGCUACGGUGCGUGAGAACCCAGUCUUUGACAAUCUUUCCCGGGCGGCAGCCAAAAUGCAUCAGAAGGAGAUACCUCGACCAGGCGAUGAAACUGGUGGACCAAGCCCUGAAACCAACAUGGAGCAUUACAUGGGCCUGCUCAACGCAUCGCCGCUGACUGAAAAGGGGUUGGCCGCGCAGAUACAGGCGGCUCAGUCGUUGUGCCUGCCUGAGCAAGAUCCCGCUGAAGCAAGGCAGUCCAAGCUGGAUGAGGAAUAUGAGCAGCGCAAGAUCACCUUCGAAGCUUUCAGCCCUCGGGAACUAUUGAAGGAUGUCUUCAAUGCUGACCCCAAGACGGGUACUGAUCCUGGCCAUAAACAGCAAACACUUGCGCGCGAGGUUCCAGAGGAUCACUCUGUGGGCCCAGUCGAGUUGGCGAGAACACCUGCCGCUGUGGAUGAUGCUCGAGAUCUUGCGUUUCUCACCAUCGCCCUCCCCGAGGGGUACUCGAUCCGCUCCCCGACAGGCUACAUGAUGAACUUCGAAACGCACCACCGUGGCCGGAAUGAUGGCCGUGCUCCUGUAGGAACAGCUGGCGUCUACGCUUUCUACUUGCCAGAGGUGGGCCGAGACUUGCCGCCUGGCCUUCGGCCAUGCCUCCAUGAUUGGGUUGGGCUCCGCAUACUCCUCGGUGAACAGAUGAAUGUAGCCUGCAAUGGCUAUCUGCUACAGCGUCGAACCUCGGAGGGUAUGCAUCAGAUCGUCGAAAUCGAUGGUGAGCUUGACCUCGUCAAUGAGACGGGCCGUUACCGGCUCUUCAAUGGUAUGCAAGCCAUUGGCGUACCGAUCGAGAUAGAAAGCGGUGUCAACCCUCCCACGGGUGUUCCGUUGGAGAAAGAAGAGACCAUCAAUCCUACCAUUCGUUGGGCCCGUCGUAUCAUCCAACCCUAUCGCGAAGAGCUUGACAGAGAAGAGGCGCAAGCAAUUGUCGACGAAGCGCGAGAGGCGGAGGAGAGAAAGAAGGUCGAGAAGAAAGUCAGCGACAGAGCGACCAAGCAUCGGCAGCACGAACAUUUCAAACAGCUCGCCGCCGAGGCUGAGGCAAAACGCAAGGCAGCAAGCGAAGAGGAGAACCGACGGGGUCAGGAGAACUUGGGGAGGGGCAACCGGGUUCGCCGCCCCAGCGAAAGAUACAGCGGAUUCGGACUAACCACGAACUACGGCAGGGAGAUCGUUGAGCUGGAAGAUAGCUCGUCCUCGGAUGAUCGUUAUGAGGAGUCGGAGCCUGAGCCGGACGAAGAGCAGCAGGAGGAAUAUCAACCUGAGGAGAAGAAGACCAUGAUUGUCGUUCUCCGCGUGCCCUCCUGGAAGAACAAGGCAGCCGUUCCGAAAGAACCAGCUCCUAAGGCGCUGAAGGCGCCCAAAACAGUGCCGGUAAUACCAGCGAAGAGACAAGCAGUCGCCGUCCCGAACACUGAGCCUCCGGUCAAGAGACCCCGCGGACGGCCGCGAAAGCAUGCAGUCACAACCCCGGCUAACAUGAAUUCUACGCCCAAAGGGCCGGUGCUGAAGGCAAAUACGCCGCGACCCUUAGAUGGUGCUUCGGCUCCGAAAGCAGUUCCAGCCGGGGCAACGCUGGCUCCAGCUCUUCCAUUUCUGCCUCCGCCCCCAGCUCCCCCUGGUCCGAUUUCAGGUAUGACUCUGAACCGGGUCGAUUUGACUCGGGCUCCCGGCAUUCCGGCUACAGCCUGUCCCCUGACAACGCCAGCUCGAGCUCCAAGUGGUCCAUUGAUGGGUCACCACGCUCCAGGUACAUCCGGUGUGACUGUGGCAGGAUCCGCUUCCAGUCGAGGCCUGGCUACUGGGAGCCCAGCAGGCGAGGAAUCCCAAUCGGAACCCCAUACCCCGUCACCGGCGAGGAGGACGCUGGCCAUUCUCAAGUAUCCUCAGCUGAAGUCUGCGCGGAAGGUGAAGAGAACCGAAGCCAGCCAGACAUCCCCAAAAGGGCUGAUCACGCCGGAGUGA